AUGCGACUGUGCGUGGGAGCUCUGUCCGGGUUGCUCAACACUGUUAAAGACACUGGAAAAACACCUGUGGAGCCAGAGGUGGCGAUUCACCGGAUUCAGAUCACCCUCACCAGCCACAACGUGAAGUCUCCGGAGAAGGUCUGUGCUGACCUGAUCCGAAGCACCAAGGAGAAGAAUCUCAAAGUAAAAGGACCAGUGUGCAUGCCUACCAAGACUUUGAGAAUCACUAUGAGAAAAAAAAAAAAAAACCCUUGUGGUGAAGGUUCUAAGACAUGGGACCACAAGCGACUCAUUGAUUAACACCGUCCUUCCGAGAUUGUCAAGCAGAUAACUUCCAUCAGUAUUGAGCCAGGAGUCGAGGUUGAGGUCACCAUUGCAGAUGCCUAA